AUGUCAAAAUGUCGUUUUUUUGCAUUAGAAAUUAGAGAGUUUACAAGUUAUUUAAAUUAUAGGACAUUAGAAAGACUAAGAAUUAUUAAUAAACGAUAUUUUAAAAUAACACAAAAGUUAUUACAAGUAAAUGUAUUCGAUAUUGACGGUAAACGAUUUGUUAAAUCUAUGAUUGUAUCAAAUGUAGUUAAUAUUUUACCUACAUUCACACCUCCUACGAAGAAUCAUCUUUUUAAGAAUUUGAAUUGGGUUGGUUCAAUUCUUGGAAAUCCAACAAUAAUCUUUGAUUAUAGUGCAGUUGUUUCUCCUAGCCAAAUGGAAACAAUAAUGCAAAUUAAAAAGGCUAAACGACUUGAGGUAGUUAUGGAUGUUGGCUCUGCUUUAAUUCACAAAAAUGGAGUUAAAGGAGUAGUUAAACAUUUCCCUCAACUCAGACAACUUAAAUUAUCAAUUGAUCCUGGUGAAGGAAAUGAAAAUCAAAGAGAAGCACUUAAAGAUUUAACUAAAUUAGUUCAUCUUUCUUCUCUUCAAACAUUUGCAUACCACCAUAAUUUCAUACAUUUUAAUAAACUUAAUUAUCUUAACUUAUUUAUUAAUGAUAGUAUUGACUUUGAUUAUUUUCUUAAUGAUAUUCCUCAACUCAUUACUGUCCAACAUCUUACUCUUAGAACAAACAGUGAAGUCCAAUUACCUCAUUCUUCUAUACUUCAAUUAACAUCAUUAAAAUCACUUGAAAUAUUAAACUUAUCAAUGUGUAAUUUCAAUUUUAGUAGUGAAUUGGUUUCAUUACAAUCAAUUUAUAGAAUCAAAAAGAUUUUUCUUUCAUUUGAUAUAAACAUUACUAAUGAAAUUAUUGACCAACUAUACUUAUUUCCUUCUAUCUUUAUUAUUCAACUUAGUUUUACAAUUGAUGGUAGUAAUGAACUUCCAAAUAGAUUAUUUCCUCCAAAUGUUUGUAUUUCUACAGUAACAAUACAAGAAGUAGUUCAGGAAAAUGACUUUAUAACUUCAGUAAUAUCAAAAGCUGAUGUACUAACAACAGAUUUAACUAAUAUUCAAUUUAAUCCUAAUACAUUAGUUACUGUUUUAAAUCAUUUAACUGAUUCAAGACUUCUUAGAUUUGACAAUACUCCUUUUUUAGUUUCUGUAUUACUUUGUGGUGAUUUAGACGAUAACUCAAUUCAGUCACUUCUUACAUUAAAAUACCUGAAAAAAUUUAAAUUAUUUGAUGGGGCAAUACCAACACUCUCCUUCCUUUCUCAUUUUAAUUUGGAUACAUUGGCAAUUGUUAAUUCUACUUAUCCUAUUAAUGAUUUUCAUUACAUCACUGAACACACCUCACUUCUAAUUAUUACAUUAUUAGUUUCAUGUGAGUAUUUGACUCAAGAACAAAAUUCUAAAUUAACUCAAAUGCCAUUUCUUCAAAUGCUACGAACUUAUUAUUGUUCAAUUUCACUUGAUAAAACGUUCCAUCCAUUUAGAAUUCAAUACUAA